CCAUUACUAUAUUGUAGCUAGAAGUGAAAUUUGUGAUGUUGAAAUUUAAGUGUUAGUGGUUGAAUAAUUCCAGGUGAUGACACAAAGAAUUGAACCAUAGAUAUAAGAGUAAUAUAGGUGUAAAGGUCAUUGAAUGAAUCAUCCACAUGAACUUUGAUGUCACCUAAGCAGAUGGAGUUGAAAUGGAGAGUAAGAAUUUAAACCAAAAGCCAAAGUUGUGAGAUUUUAAUACUGUAUUUGGUUGGGAAAAUACUCUUUUAAAAUUAUGUUAAAUUAUCUGUCUUUUCAUCUAGAACCUUCUGAUAACUUACGGGAGAUUCUCCAAAAUGUGGCCAAAUUGCAAGGGGUUUCAAAUAUGAGAAAGCUGGGCCAUUUGAAUAACUUUACUAAGCUUCUUUGUGAUAUUGGCCACAGUGAAGAAAAAUUGGGUUUUAACUAUGAGGAUAUUAUAAUUUGCUUGCGGUUAGCUUUAUUGAAUGAAGCAAAAGAAGUGCGGGCAGCAGGGCUACGAGCUCUUCGAUAUCUCAUCCAAGACUCCAGUAUUUUGCAGAAGGUGCUUAAAUUGAAAGUGGACUAUUUAAUAGCCAGGUGCAUUGACAUACAGCAGAGCAACGAGGUAGAGAGGACACAAGCACUUCGAUUAGUCAGAAAGAUGAUUACUGUGAAUGCUUCCUUGUUUCCUAGCUCUGUGGCCAACUCAUUAAUAGCAGUUGGAAAUGAUGGACUUCAAGAAAGAGACAGAAUGGUCCGAGCAUGCAUUGCUAUUAUCUGUGAACUAGCACUUCAGAAUCCAGAGGUGGUGGCCCUUCGAGGUGGCCUAAACACCAUCCUGAAAAAUGUGAUUGACUGCCAGUUAAGUCGAAUAAACGAGGCCCUCAUUACUACAAUUUUGCACCUCCUUAAUCAUCCAAAGACCCGACAGUAUGUGCGAGCUGAUGUAGAAUUAGAGCGAAUUUUAGCACCCUAUACUGAUUUUCACUACAGACAUAGUCCAGAUACAGCUGAAGGACAGCUCAAAGAAGACAGAGAAGCGAGGUUUCUAGCCAGUAAAAUGGGCAUCAUAGCAACAUUCCGGUCAUGGGCAGGUAUUAUUAAUUUAUGUAAACCUGGAAACUCUGGGAUUCAGUCUCUAAUUGGAGUACUUUGCAUACCAAAUAUGGAAAUAAGGCGAGGUCUGCUUGAAGUACUUUAUGAUAUAUUUCGUCUUCCUCUGCCUGUUGUGACUGAAGAGUUCAUAGAAGCGCUGCUCAGUGUAGAUCCAGGUAGAUUCCAAGACAGUUGGAGGCUUUCCGAUGGCUUUGUGGCAGCCGAGGCAAAGACUAUCCUUCCUCAUCGUGCCAGAUCCAGGCCAGACCUCAUGGAUAAUUAUUUGGCACUGAUACUCUCCGCAUUUAUUCGUAAUGGACUUCUAGAGGGUUUGGUUGAAGUGAUAACAAACAGCGAUGACCAUAUCUCAGUUAGAGCUACCAUCCUUUUAGGAGAGCUUUUACAUAUGGCAAACACAAUUCUUCCUCAUUCACAUAGCCAUCAUUUGCACUGCCUGCCAACCCUAAUGAAUAUGGCUGCAUCCUUUGAUAUCCCCAAGGAAAAGAGACUGCCACAUGUUUUUGGACAAGGACAUAGACUUUCUACCAGAUCACUAAAAAUGCGAGCCAGUGCAGCCUUGAACUGUUUAAAACGCUUCCAUGAAAUGAAGAAACGAGGACCUAAGCCUUACAGCCUUCAUUUAGAUCACAUUAUUCAGAAAGCAAUUGCAACACAUCAGAAACGGGAUCAGUAUCUCAGAGUUCAGAAAGAUAUAUUUGUUCUUAAGGAUACAGAGGAAGCUCUUUUAAUAAACCUUAGAGAUAGCCAAGUCCUUCAACAUAAAGAGAAUCUCGAAUGGAAUUGGAAUCUUAUAGGGACCAUUCUUAAGUGGCCAAAUGUUAAUCUAAGAAACUAUAAAGAUGAACAAUUACACAGGUUUGUACGAAGACUACUUUAUUUUUACAAGCCCAGCAGUAAGUUAUAUGCUAACCUGGACCUGGAUUUUGCCAAGUCGAAGCAGCUUACAGUCGUGGGCUGCCAGUUUACAGAAUUUCUUCUUGAGUCUGAAGAGGAUGGGCAAGGAUACUUAGAAGACCUAGUAAAGGAUAUUGUUCAGUGGCUCAAUGCCUCAUCUGGAAUGAAACCUGAAAGAAGUCUUCAAAAUAAUGGUUUAUUGACUACCCUCAGUCAACACUACUUUUUAUUUAUUGGAACACUUUCUUGCCACCCUCAUGGAGUCAAAAUGCUGGAAAAAUGUAGCGUAUUUCAAUGUCUCCUUAACCUUUGCUCCUUGAAAAACCAAGAUCACUUGCUAAAACUGACUGUUUCUAGCUUGGACUAUAGCAGAGAUGGGUUGGCCAGAGUCAUCCUUUCCAAAACCCUAACUGCAGCCACUGAUGCCUGCAGGCUGUAUGCAACAAAACAUUUAAGAGUAUUAUUGAGAGCAAAUGUUGAAUUCUUCAAUAAUUGGGGAAUUGAGUUACUAGUGACCCAGCUGCAUGAUAAAAACAAAACGAUUUCUUCUGAAGCUCUUGAUAUCCUCGAUGAAGCAUGUGAAGACAAGGCCAAUCUUCAUGCUCUUAUUCAGAUGAAGCCGGCUUUAUCCCACCUUGGGGACAAAGGUUUGCUUCUUCUCCUGAGAUUUCUCUCCAUUCCAAAAGGGUUUUCCUAUCUGAAUGAAAGGGGCUAUGUAGCAAAACAAUUGGAAAAGUGGCACAAGGAAUAUAAUUCAAAAUACGUUGACUUGAUUGAGGAACAACUUAAUGAAGCACUUACCACUUACCGGAAGCCAAUUGAUGGUGACAACUAUGUUCGUCGGAGUAACCAAAGAUUACAGCGUCCUCAUGUCUACCUGCCUGUACACCUUUAUGGACAACUGGUACACCACAAAACAGGCUGUCAUUUGUUGGAAGUACAGAAUAUUAUUGCAGAACUCUGUCACAAUGUUCGUACGCCAGAUUUGGAUAAAUGGGAAGAAAUUAAAAAACUGAAAGCAUCUCUUUGGGCCUUGGGAAAUAUUGGCUCGUCAAAUUGGGGUCUCAAUUUGCUGCAGGAAGAAAAUGUGAUUCCAGAUAUACUAAAACUUGCAAAACAGUGUGAGGUUCUUUCCAUCAGAGGGACCUGUGUGUACGUGCUCGGGCUCAUAGCCAAAACCAAACAAGGCUGUGAUAUUCUAAAAUGUCACAGCUGGGAUGCUGUAAGGCACAGUCGCAAACAUCUGUGGCCAGUGGUUCCCGAUGAUGUGGAACAGCUCUGUAACGAACUCUCAUCUAUCCCAAGCACCUUAAGUUUGAACUCAGAGUCAACCAGCUCUAGACAUAACAGUGAGAGUGAGUCUGCACCAUCAAGUAUGUUCAUAAUGGAGGACGACCGGUUUGGCAGCAGCUCCACAAGUACAUUUUUCCUCGACAUCAGUGAAGAUGCAGAGCCAGCCUUUUAUGAUCGGCCUGGACCUGUAAAGGAUAAAAAUUCAUUCCCUUUCUUUGCUUCUAGCAAACUUGUGAAGAAUCGUAUCUUAAAUUCACUUACUUUGCCUAAUAAAAAACAUCGUAGCAGCAGUGAUCCGAAAGGAGGGAAACUAUCAUCUGAUAAUAAGACAAGCAACAGGCGGAUCAGAACACUUACGGAGCCCAGUGUUGACUUCAAUCACAGUGAUGAUUUUACACCCAUAUCCACAGUACAGAAAACAUUACAACUAGAAACUUCAUUUGUUGGGAAUAGGCACAUUGAAGACACUGGUAGUACUCCAAGUAUUGGAGAGAGUGACUUAAAAUUCACCAAAAGUCUUGGUACAGAGAAUCAUAGAGAAAACACAAGCCGAGAGAGACUAGUUGUGGAAAGCUCAACGAGCUCACAUAUGAAGAUACGUAGCCAAAGUUUUAAUACAGACACUACAACAAGUGGCAUAAGUUCAAUGAGCUCAAGUCCUUCCCGUGAGACAGUAGGUGUAGAUGCUACGACUGUGGACACAGACUGUGGAAGUAUGAGUACUGUGGUAAGUACUAAAACCGUUAAGACGAGCCACUAUUUGACACCGCAGACUAACCAUCUCUCUCUCUCCAAGUCAAACUCGGUAUCCCUGGUACCUCCGGGUUCUUCUCAUACACUUCCCAGAAGAGCACAGUCCCUUAAAGCACCCUCUAUCGCUACGAUUAAAAGUCUAGCAGAUUGUAACUUCAGUUACACAAGUUCUAGAGAUGCCUUUGGCUACGCUACACUGAAAAGAUUACAGCAGCAAAGAAUGCAUCCAUCUCUAUCUCAUUCUGAAGCUUUGGCGUCCCCAGCAAAAGAUGUGCUGUUUACUGAUACCAUCACCAUGAAGGCCAACAGCUUUGAGUCCAGGUUAACACCAAGCAGGAUCGAUUUUAAAAAGAAGCAUGUCGGGGGAAUCAGGAGCUUAAGACCUACAAUAACAAACAACUUUUUCAGGUUCAUGAAAGCUUUAAGUUAUGCUUCAUUAGAUAAAGAAGAUUUAUUAAGUCCUAUUAAUCAAAAUACUCUGCAGCGGUCCUCCUCAGUGAGGUCCAUGGUGUCCAGUGCAACGUAUGGGAGCUCAGAUGACUAUAUUGGUCUUGCUCUUCCUGUAGACAUCAAUGAUAUAUUCCAGGUAAAGGAUAUUCCUUAUUUUCAGACUAAAAACAUACCUCCACAUGAUGAUCGAGGUGCGAGAGUGUUUGCUCAUGAAGCAGGAGGUGUUCCAUCUGGAACUGGAGGUCUUGUGAAAAACUCCUUUCACUUGCUACGGCAGCAAAUGAGUCUUACGGAAAUAAUGAACUCAAUCCAUUCAGAUGCUUCUCUGUUUUUAGAGAGUACAGAAGACACUGGCCUACAGGAGCAUACAGACGAUAACUGCCUGUACUGUGUCUGUAUCGAAAUUCUGGGUUUUCAGCCCAGUAACCAAUUGAGUGCAAUAUGUAGUCACUCAGACCUUCAAGACAUUCCAUAUUCUGAUUGGUGUGAGCAGACUCUCCAUAAUCCCUUAGAAGUGGUUCCCUCUAAAUUCUCGGGGAUUUCUGGAUGUAGUGAUGGCGUGUCUCAAGAAGGCUCAGCCAGCAGCACCAAAAGCACAGAAUUGCUCCUGGGUGUUAAAACAAUUCCAGAUGAUACACCAAUGUGCCGUAUACUCCUUCGCAAAGAAGUUCUAAGAUUAGUCAUUAAUUUGAGUAGUUCAGUUUCAACUAAAUGUCAUGAAACUGGGCUUUUAACGAUUAAGGAGAAGUAUCCGCAGACGUUUGACGACAUCUGCCUUUACUCAGAGGUUUCCCAUUUGCUGGCACACUGCACGUUUAGACUUCCGUGUCGGAGGUUCAUACAAGAAUUAUUUCAAGAUGUACAGUUUAUACAAAUGCAUGAAGAAGCAGAGGCUGUGUUGGCAGUACCACCAAAGCAGCCUGUAGUUGAUCCAUCGGCUGAGUCCUGACCUCGUAUUUAUGAUGUAUAUAGGUGGAUACUAUUUACAUACUCACAGUGUGCAGCUCGUAAAGGCCUCUGAAAAUGCCACAGACUGGGCAGCAGGGGCAGGAGCAUCCUCUGUGCACUGUGCUAGCAGUUUGGGCGCACAGACGGGAACUGCCGACUCCCCAACCUAACAUCUUCCUCUCUCCCCGCGAGCCCCUUUCGGGGUUCAUUGUUCAUUAGCACAGUUUUAAAGGUUUUAGUUACCAUCAUAUGCAAGAGCCAAGCACUGAAGACCUACAUCGGUUUUCUAUUUUUUUCAUUUUAAGUGCGUAAUAACAGUGGAACAAUAAUAGGAUAUGCAGAGGCACCCUUCACACAGUUAAAUAAAAAGAUGGCUUGUUUGUUAACUAAUUCAUGGACACCAGGCAUCAGUGUCACUGAGGCUGCAUCCUGUCACCACAGUGGGCUGUGCUUUUCCUAAUGUUUGUAACACUACUUCAGAGCUUUGUGACCUCAAAGCAAAAGAAGAGCCUCAAUGACUGGGACUUAUAAGUUAUUUUUAUGUUAUUAGACUUGCAUAAAGUUUCCUAUUUGUUUCCCUUCCUUCAGUUUUGUUGCAAUGUGUUGUUAUUAGAGGCUAUUUGAACAGAUUAAGGUUUUUCACUACAGUUCCUGAUUAAAACCAGAAAACCAUUUUACAGUUCAGCUGUUUCCCACUUACAGAAUGCUCCCAGUUACAGAAUGCGCGUAGAUGCUCAGUGGACUGCUGGUCUCAUCCACUUCCAUAUCACCGUUUGUUUAAACAGGAACUUGAAUAAGCACUAGGAAUUUAGACCUACAGCAAAAGAAAGCAUUAAGUGAUACUUUAAGGAAAGAAAAGUUAAGUUUGCCUGCAGUUUACUACACAUUCCAUGGGAAAAGAAGAGCCAUAUUUUCUUUUAAAAAAUUAUUAAUGACACUGUUAUUAGGAUUAAAAAUUGUAGUGAAAAGCCUUAAGUACCAAAUUUUAAAGCAGCAGUAAUUUAAUUUUGAUAUCAGUGUUCUUGUUUUGCACAAACUAAAUGCAGUGAUAGGUUAGUUUAUGAGUACAGUAAUUGCCUAUAUCACAUUUGUGAAAUUAAGUUGAUAAGGGUAAAGUUUUGUUUAUUUGUAUGUUUAAUUUGUAUAUGUCUAACAGGAAUUAACAUAUAUGCAAAUUUGUAUAUAAAAAAUAGCAUGGCCAUCACCAUUAGAAUGCUUGUAAAUGAAAGGAUUAUCUUUUUUGAGGUCUAUAUAUAAACAAAAAAUUCCAGCUGGACUGAUUAGGACCCUUUUUUAAUUCAUUUGUGUAUACCAUUUUUACAGUCACACAUCAGCUCUGACAUAGUCAUAAUACAUUGAUUAAUACUUUCCCAUAUUACAGAUCCUUUUUAUAAUGGGCUUGUGCUCCGAGAUCUCUGUAAAGAACCCUGUAAACUAGAAAACAUAACGCACAGAGAUACUUUUAUUUUUAAUUUACUGGCACUGAAAGUUCCAGUUGGGGUGGAGCAUUUCAUCUCACUUUAUAACACCUCUGCACUUCAGCGAACUGUUCUCAUGUGCACUGUGUAGCAACUUACACAUCUAACAGCAGACAAGGGCUGAACUGCUACUUUGGGUAAAAGUGGCUCUUCAGACUUUCUCUCAAAUCCAAUUGAAGAUAAAACACACUUUUUUACACUUUAACUUAUCCGGAACCCAAGUGUUUAUUUAAAUUUUGAGUUUUAAGAGAGUAGCCUGUCACCUUGGUCUUUGGUCUUGGAUGAUUAAACUGCCUUCUAGAGAACCAGAUGUCAGAGAUACUAGACCAGACAGUGCUUAAAAACUCCGCGGGACAUAAUAGAUUAACAUAGUAGACAUUCAUUUUAAACACUACCUCAGUUAAUGUUAACGUAGAGCAUAAAAUCUGUGGUUUAAUCCCUCAGAAGGUAACAGUAAUUCUUUUUUGUCAUACAUGCAUCAUCCCCACCCCUAAACCCCACCUCACUUGUUCACCCGGAAAUGAAGUCUUCAUUGGUGUUAAUCUGAACAGUUUUUUUGACAGUUACUUUGAAAGACUUGUGUGUGUAUACAUCAUAUUUACCUUUAGCACUUAGUUUGGGGAGACACUCAGAGCUUUGUGGUUAUCAGUAACUUAAGGGAAAAAAUGUACUUAAAUGUAUAGUACUACAUGGUUUAUCCAUGUUUCACUGACAGGUCUAAUAUGUUCUCUUUGAGUACUAGUUUGUAUAAAAGUAGACGUUGAUGAAAAAUGCUCAUGAUGCAGUGCCAAGUGAUUAACUUAGGUGUUUAAAAAUAUUAAAUUAUAGCAGAACAGGUUAGGAAUGGCGUCAGUGGUAACAAAUAAUUGAAAAAUCAUCUAUAAAUAAUAGAUAUUACCAGACUAUAAAAUCCCAAAAUAAUGUCAAUAUUAUAGUUUUUCAAGAUUUUAGAAUUAAUCUUAGUCCAUAUAAAUUUGUACUAUUGGUAAUUAUUGAUAAUUUCGAGGAAUUUGGACAGUUAUGCUGGUUGUAAACUGUGAAUUUUUAAUUGUAAAGUAAAUUGUUAUUUCUAAUUGAAAUUUUUUUCAAGAACAGAUCUCAGUUUCACACACUAAAUAAAUACUAAUAAAUAAGGAAAUUAGAAAUUAGCAUUUGUAAUUAAAUAUGAUCUAAAAUUUCUUAACACUUUUAUUUCCUGUUUAUGCUUAGGUAGAUUUGAGGGGGAAAGUUUCUUCUCCCUAAUAAAAAAUUUUUUAAUCAAGAUUGGUAGCAUAUGGACAUCCUAUAGGACAGUGACAUUAAAAAAGGCUCAUUGCAGGUCGGUAUAUACAUUGCUGCACUAGUUACUCUAAUAUGUGUGCAAGUCCUUUUAAAAUGGUGGCUUUAAUAGUUUUCAUCUCUUACCCAGAGCUUGAAACAGUUAAAGCUGAGUUUUUCUGGGCAUAUUACAAUGGCAAAGUGCUCAACGGAGAGGUGUCAGUGCUUAUUUAGAUUUGUCAACUGCUAUUUAUAUACAGAUUUUCAUUCCAUUCAGAGGAUGCCUUUUAUCCCACAUUAAGCACAGACAAUUAAGCAAUAAAAACCAAAUUGUCAUCCAAAUUAUAACUGCAAUUAUUUUUGCAUGGUAAGAGUGAGGUGCUAAUUUUGUGUGAGAUGAGCUUUGUAAACUACUUGGGAAAGGUCCCUUGGAAGUAAGGUUUUUACCUUUGUCCUAUGCUUCCAGGUGUGUCUCACAUUCACAAUCCAUUAAAACAUGGGGAAAAAGAAAAGGUAGAUUUAAUUGCCAGAGUUUCCUGAGAAGAGCUGUUGGAAUAAAAGAGCAUUUCACAUUUUCCAAAAUGUAAGUUGGAAAAGGUCUCCCUUGUCUGCCAUUCAGGAAAUACAUUGUACCAGUUUCAUGUCAAGUACUACUUCAGCGAGAAUUUUAUUAGGAAAGCUUGCCAAGGAAACCGAUGGCAAUGCUUGUCAAGCGACGCUGAAAUCUGCGGUCUUUCUAGGAGCACUCUUUUUCCUUUAGUUUCAGGUUCCCAGGGUAUUUUUCAUUCGUAGUCGGUUUAUGUGACUCGCUCAGAAUGUGGAUUUUCCCCCUUUGAGUAUUUUUGUAAUGUAGGUGGAUAGCUAUGCCACAGCAUGCAUAAAUUGCACAUUUUGUUUGACUUUAUAAAAUAUUUAAUUUGAAAAAUAUAAUUUAUGCCAAAAAAGUAUACCUUGUAAUUUUGCCACUAAAAAGGUUGAUUUAGCACAAAAUGCAAAAGGAGCAGAGGGGAGAGGGGAGAUAAAAAAUUUUUCAUAGAUAAUAGUUGAAAAAUGUUCCAUUACUGGCUUGUCAGAAAUCCUGACGCUGCAUUGUAAAACAAAUGGUGUAAAUUAGUUUUGAGAAGUGGUAAGGGAUUGUGAAAAAAAAUCUCAGAUUAAUGCUCCCUGACCACAUGAUCUUUUUUUUUUUUUAGUAAUACGCUGCUACAUAUUUGGAGGUUCUGGUGUUUGUAGGUCACUGAACAGACAUUGAAAUAUGAUCUAUAUUGUAUAACUGUAACAUAGAAAGAAAAAGUAUUUAUAUAUUUUCCGUAAGAAUAUUUCAUUGAGUUAUGUAUAAUUUAAACAAGGUUUGUCCCCAAAUGGUUUUUCUCACCUUUUUUUUUUUUUGUGGUUUUCUUGUUUUUGUAUAAUGUGUACAGUUUAUGUCAAGGGCAUUAAAAGCCUCCUGAAGCAUAACCUUAUCAAAGGGAUACAUUCUUAAUAAAAUGUACUUAAAAUUCUUAAA